ACAAUACGCAAGAAUCCAAUUUGUCACAUCAGUAAACAUACGGCGCCCGCAAUGUAUGUCCACCGGUAUACACCGGUUGGUGGUGGCGGCCACACCGGCACGUCACUCUUCCCGCCUGACAGGUGUCCUGAUACGCACUGACCUAAAUCGUGGCUUAGUCACUAACUUGGUGACGUGGCAAUUAAACCCUCCGAGGUUAAGGGGUGCUUUUAUACGAUCUCCUCCAUAGCCAGAAAUUCGUGGAAGCGGAAGAAGAAGAGGAGGAAGAGAAGGCGGCGAGAGAGCGAUUUUUUGGCGGCGCUCGAGGAAUGAUCUGUGGCGGCGACUGACAAUACACUCCCAAUUCCUUCCCUGGCAUCUCCAGAUCCCUUUCAUGCUUCCUAUCUGAGAUCUUGGCAGGCAUUCUACCGCCCGCGGCGUCGACGACGAGUUUUAGGUCUGUAUGCUUGCCAUGGCAUUCUUCCAUCCUUGCAUUUGGUGUGAGAAUCUGUGACCCAGCCAAGAGAGAGAUUUCUCUUCUUUUUCCUCCUCCCUUCCUAAUUCGCAGCCUCCGUAUUGAAAAUCCUUGUAGCUCUGUUGACCUCUAGGCUCUCUUUCCUGUCCCUGGAUGCAUCAAAGCUCCUCCAUCCCUUUUUUUUUCCUUGCUCGUCUUUGAUUAGUCUAGUAGCCCCUGCGUAGCCUCCCAUCUGAGGAGCUUCUUUUCUCCGCUUUCCUCUGGACUCCAUCCCUUGUGCUUAGCUCCGUUUCUUAGAUCCUGCAAAGAAAAAAGGAAAAGCACCCGACUUCUCACUGAUCCUCUCGCACAUAUAUACCUCAUCUUCAUUUGCUUGCGCUUCUUGCUGCAUUGCCUUGUACAAGUCACAAGCUUACAAGUUGGUAGAGUGCCUGCUUACAUCCCAGACCAGGAUCUCCUCGUUUCUUCUACUAAAAUCCAUAGAUCUUCAAGGCUCAUCUUCUUUUCUCUCCAUACUUCUCAAGCAGCUCUUCUUUCCUUCCAUUUCUCGCAAGCCUUCCUUCUUUCCCCUUCCCUUAGAAGAUCUUCUUCUUUGCUUCGCAAGUAAGCCAGUCGCCACAGAAGAACCAACCUUAGAUCAUCAGCCAACGUACAAAUCCAGUUGGCAGCGUAGUGUAUGGCAAGAAAUUCCGCGAGCAUGGCAACAGCUACCGCCGAGUUACCCAUCGCAGCUAGAUUCGACCGGGAGUUUGCGUUCGACGGGGACCUCGCGAGAACGUUGGAGCACUUUGACAAUGUGGAAGCUCUAGCACGAUUGGAGCUUCCGGACAGCUCCGACUCGUCGUCAAGUUCCUCGUCGUACGAAGAAGAAGGAGCCGGCUAUGUUGCUGAGGGGUUCCACGGUUACCAACAACAACAGCCGUCGCCGCCACUCUAUCACCACCAUCAUCAUCAGCUUAAUGUUGGAGCUAGCUCCUCGAGCAGUGGCGACGUGUUCGACACCUCCACUGCGGGAUCCACGACACCGUCUCCCUCGAGAGCUCAAGCCGGAAACGUUGGAAUCGCGGGUGGGGCUGGCGUCUGGCCCGUCCCACACCAGCAGGUUCCUCUUCCGGCGGCCGCUUGCGAUCAUUUCGUUGGAGCGAGCGGGCCAACAAUGGUCUUGUCACCGACGUCCACGUCUGGAGCACCAGAGGUUCCGCCUUGGUACCCCGAGAGCAUCGCUCGAGCUCCACUUUUCAUGACGCAAGCGAUCCAUGAGGAAGGAGCGUCACAGCUCGAGCAGAUUCGAGCAUGGGGUCAGCAGCAGCAACAACAGAUGCUACUCAUGCAUCAAAGACAGAAUCACGUCUUAUUUCAUCAACAGCAGACACAUCAACAACAGCAGCAGCAACAACAACAGCACCACCACCAAGCAGCUGAUCGGAAAAACUCCCAGCUACUAAACCAUCAGCAACAGCAGCAGCAGCUUAGAUACUGGAGUGAGACUUUGAACCUGAGCCCGAGGGGCCAGUCCAUGAAGCACGUAAGCAAGGAUCGCAGGCUUGGAGUCGGGCCCUCGAAGCUGUAUAGAGGAGUGAGGCAGCGGCACUGGGGGAAGUGGGUGGCGGAGAUCCGCCUGCCGAGGAACCGAACCAGGCUCUGGCUAGGAACGUUUGACACGGCCGAAGACGCAGCCUACGCGUAUGACCAGGCAGCUUACAAGUUGAGAGGCGAGUAUGCACGCCUCAACUUUCCACAGAUUCAACAUAUAUAUCGUGCACAGCAGCAAGAAGCAAGUAAGUCCGGGUGGAGUGGACAAGAUCAAGGAGGAGGAGGAAGUAGUACGACGUUUCAAUCGACUCUAGAAGCGAAACUACAGGCGAUUUCUCAGCAGACUGCAUCGAAGCUGGAUGCAUCCAAACCAACGACAGCAGCGGCUAAAGUUAAGGCUCAGAAGGACGUAGCGGAGGAGGACCUCGUGGAAGCGAUUCCAGUCAACAAGGAGGUGCUAGCUACAACAUCACUAAGAACAGCGACGGCAAGAACAGGAGCCGGCUACGCAAGCGCUCCUUGCGUCUCCCCAACGAGUACUACUACUGGCGAUGGCGACAGCUGCUAUCACCGUGCGAUGGCUACCCCCGAUAAUUUUUCAACAACCACCACUACCACCGACGCAGGCUCUCUCCUCGAGCUCGCGGGCUCUAGAGGAGAAAAAGCUCUCGCGUCUGUGGUGUGUAGCGAAGAAUUAUUAUCGCCGGGGGCCGGAUCACUGGUGAAUAGCUCCGUCGCCACCACCGCCAGUGGUGGCAACGUGUGGGCGGACAUUGAUAAUCUGCUCACAAACGCUCCAAGCAUCGAGCUUGAGGAUCUCUCCUGGGAUGUUCAUCGCCUCCGCCGUCCCUUCUAAGCAACGAACAGCUGCUGCUGCUCUUGGCUGCCGAGAAGAACCACUCUAGCAAAGUCACUACUACUACUACUACUACUACUACUACUACUACUACCAGUACGACCACGCACAGUACUACUAGACUGGGGCUGUGGAAAGCCAGCAACUAGUAUCGAGGAGGAUACAACUAACAAAACAACGUCAACAACAGGACACGAGGAUACGAGUGAUCCUCUGGAGCAACAACUAGAGAGAGCGCUGCUGCUGCUGCUGCUGGCUGGUUACCACCACUCUCAAAAGUUCCAAAGUUCCAACAAUGGUGAGUCUGAGAUCCCCAUCGCAACCAGCGGGGAUCUCCUCCGAGGUGAGCAUUACGAUUACGCUACUAUGUAAAUACUACAUAGGUAGCUAGAGGAGCAGGAGUCAUCCCUACGUCGAGUCUUCUCUUUUUUCCUCCGUUUUUUUUCCUUUCCGGUACCUUUCCUUCAGUAUAGAGUAGUAAGUAAGCAGGAGAGUGGAAAAGCUCUCCGAGCAAAGCGAUCCUUUGCUUUGCUUGCAGUGCACUAGGAAGUAGUGUUUGUUCUCUAGACAGGCAUGGUUAGAGUGGAGCGUAGCUAUGGAGAGUCCCUCCCACCAGGAAGAAGGCUUUGUUUUGUUAAAGGCCAACUUGGUGAUGGAUCUCCCGUCCUUCCUGUUAGAGCGAGUAGUGUUUUGCCAGGCAAAAGUAGCGGUAGUAGCAGUAGCCGCCAUAGUCCUUUUCUCCCCUUUUUUUUUUUUUUUUAAGGGGUGAGUGCUUUUUGUCAAUCUCUAUCCCCUUCUCUUUAGCUGGCGCGUUCUUUUCUGGCCAGCGACCAUAAAUUUAUGUACAUACAGUUCUAUCCAGACGCUUAUAAAAAAUGUGUAAGCUUUA